AGACUAAGCCCUUCCCUUCAUAAACUCUUGUUGCUCAACGUUGAUGACCACGUUGUCGGUGUUCAGCGCUACAAACGGAUAACAGAGCAUACCAAGAUCAUAAGAUUGAAACAUAAAUAGCACUAAAGAUGUUGAGAAUUAUCCGAAACAAAUUUAGAAGACAUCACAGAGUUUUCAUUUAUUUUCUUAUAAUAAUCGUGCUGUGUGUCUUUAUACACAGCAAUCUGAACUCAGGGCAAAUCAUUGCUGCAAGGGAUCCCAUUGCAUUUGCAAAUGUAUUCCAAAAAAUCAACUUUACAAGAUUAGAAUUGAGUGACGUAUCAUUUGAUACAACAAUACAACCUUAUACUGGCAUUAUUCAAGAAAUUGAAACAACUGUAGAAUCAAUAACUAAUAAUUAUACAAUUAAUACAACUACAUCUAUGCCUGUUACAACUACAAACCCAGGUGCAUACAGAGUUGGUCAUGUUCAUUCUCAUUUAUGGAGGUCAAUAUGUACUGUAAAUACACCUAGUCUUGUACAACAUCCAUUAUUUCCACUUUGGCCAAGUGCCCGUGGUCACCCAGAGAUGCCUGAUGAACUUGAAUCGGUUAUGUCUGAUCCCUGGUCUGCGCAAAGGAUUACUGGACUGCUAUAUCCCCCUGUUUCUGGGAAGUAUAGAUUUAAGAUAUAUUCUGACACGUUAUCAGAGUUUUGGUUAAGUUCAAGUGAAGAGCCUGGGAAAACAAAGUUAUUAGCGCGAAACAAUCGAAAUAUAAUCCAUAGUAUAGAGUUUGAAAAAGGACCACUUAUUCCAGUUUCAAAAAGAGUUCAUCUACGUCAUGGUCAAGCAUAUUUUUUUGAUAUUCUACACGGAGUCAACAAUGCAGGGGAAAAAAGGGUCCGCAUUCGGUGGAUGUUGCCCAGAGCCAAGAUUUUCACAGGAAUCCCAAAGACUGCAGUGUCUACAUAUCUAAGCAAAGAUGACAGCUUAGACCCAGUAGCAAGGAGAUAUCUUCUAAGUUCAGCCAGUCUUGCCAACAGUGAACAAGUGUUGAAAAGUGCAAGGAUGUAUCAUUGGGAAAAUAAGAAUUUUUCAAAGCCUUUUCGACCGUAUUCAUCCUACAACCGUGAAAAUUUAUUCACCGUGAAAUUUGCUAAUCGCUGGCAAAUUAUGUCAGUAUUUAAAGAAUGUGAGUAUGCUCCAAGUUACACAAAGAAAAGAAAGUUUAAGCGAUUUGAAGGUGUUCAUCACACACAUUACACCGAUGUGUUUCCUUAUGAUGAGUCCGGUGGGAAGUGGUGGUCUGAGAAUGCUCCAAAACCUGUAGAUGCUGCUGGUAAUGCAGUUGUCAGUGAAAAGGAUGUUAUUGAUAUUGUCAAGAAGUUUAUGGCGGCAGUUGAGGCCGAAUUUCCCGGCGAAUAUAUCCUCGCUAAUGUUAUCAACUUGGAGCGCAAUGUUGACAAAGAGUAUGGUAAACGUUUCUUCCUGGAGUUGUUGCUAAUUGAGACCAGAACAAAACAGUUACAAAGAAUAUCAGAGUUUGUGUAUCAAUUAAAAAGCAAUCCUAACACCCUUUGUAAGCCUAAGGGUUUGAAAUGGUCUCCAAGGGUUACUGUAAAUGUUAUUUUAACAACAAAGAAUCAAGGACCUUGGGUWAUCCAUUAUAUCAAGAAUAUGGCAGAGAUUGUUCAUGCUACAAGCGAUGAUAAUGUGCAUUUUAUUGUAGUGGACUAUGGAAACAAUGGUGUUGAUGUGGCUGGAGAAUUUAGAAAAUAUAAUGUGACAAACUUUACAAUAAUGAAAAAAGAAGGGAAGUUCCAUAAAACAUUGGCAAUAGAUGAAGCAGCCAAGUCUGUCAAAGAUGACAACAGUAUUGUAUUUCUAACUGAUCUCCACCUUAAUGCACCUCACAGUCUGUUUGAAAAUGUUAGAAAACACACAGUUCAAGGGAAAAUGACAUUCACGCCAGUAGUUUUUCGUCUGUCUAAAUGUGCUCGUCCUGAUAGCUAUUAUAAUACAACAACAGCGAGUGGAUUUUGGGAAGGUUUUGGAUAUGGAAUAUUUAGUACCUACAAGAGUGACUGGAAAGCCUUUGGAGGGGUUAACGUCACUCAAUUCAAACACAAAUGGGGCGGUGAAGAUUGGGAAAUGGUGGACAGAGUCUUAGCCAAAGGAUACGAAAUAGAAAGAAUACGACUUCCUUACUUUUACCACUUUUAUCAUGAUAAAACUGGAAUGUGGAAUCAAGCAUAAAGUUGGUAAACCAUUUAAUAGAGUGCUUACAGUAUUUCCAUGAAAUAAAAUCUAAAUAGUUACUACCUAAUAGUUCUUGUUUAGUGACUAUUAUUAGAGAGGUUUAGCAUGACGUUCACGGCAAACAGCAGAAAAGAUCACAUGAUCUGCUUUUUUGGAGUUUAACGUUACAGCUUCAAUGCCAGAGUGGGCUAUUUUGGGGUUGACAUAAUCGUGAAAAGUCGCUCUUUCCAAUGACUACCUAAAGCACAAGGUCAGGCAUGAAAUUCUUAGGUCAUUGCUUCAGCUCUGCCAUUAGUCAUUUGCCGUUAACGUGAUGCUUAAACUUUCUAAUGACUAUCAUUCAACUGGAACAGUCUUAGUAACAAUUGUACAUUCUGUACACUUGGGAAAAUGAAUACAAAGGAAAUUAUAACUAACAUCUACAUGUACUGUUCCAGUUUAGUGAUUGCAACUACACUGUAAUAGUCACUAAAUAAGAACUAUUAGGUAGUAACUAUUUAGAUUUUAUUUCAUGGACAUAGUGUAAAGCACUCUAAAUCUUUAAAUCUUUAAAUCAAUAUUAUACUUUCUAUCAUAAUAAAGAUUGCAUGAAUACAGUAAAGAAAUUCAAUCAACAAAUAGGAAUAAUAUAAUGAUAUAUAUGAUAUAUUAUGAUAUGAGAGUUUGUCAUAAUCUCUAUAUAGAGCGGAUUUCGUAUGAGUGGGAAACGGACGGUACUGUACUGUGUCCGUAAUCGUACUGUAACCAAAUUCUAGUGCCCCAUUGAUUCACCAAAAUUCUGCAGGCCAGGUGCGGUAACUGUACGGUAACCGUGCGGUAACGGUGUCCCACUCAUACGAAAUCCGCUCUAGUAUAUGUAAGUGAUUGUCAGUGACUGACAAGAUCUUUUUGAAAACCCUUGAAAUAUUGUGCUUAUAGUAUUUAUUUUCUGUUUUUACUUUGAUAGAAUGAUCCACAUUUACAGCUUCUUUUACAUUAAGAUAAAAUACAAAAAAUCAGAUUUAUUUAUAAGAGCGAGAUAUUUUAACUCUGAAACAAAAGUAAUGAUUAUUAAUUAUUGCUUAUUAUUAAUUAUUGAUUAUUAUUAUUAUUGCUCUGGCAUUUAUUUUAUAUUAUAUUCAUUAAUAAUAUUAUGCAUUAUUCAAUACAAUACAGAGCUUCCUUAAACUAGACUGUCCUAUAUUUACUGUAAACUAGACCUGGUCAACCUCUACCAACUGGUCACCUGUUUUUUUUCCCUGGACAGACUGUUUAAUAGAGGUUCAAUUGUAUUAAUCAUUAUAAAAUUUUUGAUAUAUAACGCGCGCUCUGAUUGGCUGAAGACCGUGUUUAUAUCAGAGG